UGAAAGCCAAUCUCUCUCUUGGCGAUCCCCAUCUCUCUCUCCCCCACGGCCACAUAUCUCUCUUGGCGAUCCCCAUCUCUCUCUCCCUCAUGACCUAUGGCGGCCGAUCCUCCCCUCGGCCCAGAUCCAGCGGCAAUCGGCGGCUCCGAGCGCACAGCCGUGAUCACCUCCUUCCGCCCCCUCCUCCCCUCGGCCCGCAUCACUUCCUCCCACUACGGUUUCAGUGGUGGGGUGGACCUCGUCGCCGGCGGCCUCCUGCUCAUGCUCGCAACCGAGAUGAACAUCCUCGGCGAUGGUGGUGCCGCGUGUGAGAUCCUCCUCCCUAACAAGGCCGUCGUUGCAUCAUCUACUCUCUGCCGCUGGAUCCCCUCCUCUCCGACAAGGCCACCAUCGGAUCCUCUCCUCUGCGACAAGGCCACCAUCGGAUCCCCUCCUCUCAGAGAUGGCCAUGGUGAGCACCCCUCCGGCCGAGUCCGCCUCGACAUUUCUAGGCUUACUCUGGCCGAGUCGAGUCGACUCGACUCGACUAAUUACUCUAACCAGUUAGUGGAUUUAGACCAUCAUCGUGUGAUUCCUAGGGUUGGUCUGCGCGUCGGAGGGCAUUUCCCAGCUGUGUGCCAACCAUUGUCUGCAUCCGUCGUUGCUUGGGAGUCCAUCGUGCGCUCCAGGAUGGAGGCUGCUGUGCAAUCUGGGAUGAAGGCUUCCGUUCCAUCGAGGGCGGAGCAGCCUCUGUCUGUCGGGCUGUGUAGCCGGGAUGGGGCCUCGCCACGUCGUGGUGUGUCGCCGGUGAUGAGCGCGGGACGUUGUGCCGGCCAUCGACGGGACUGCCACCGGCAGCACGCUUUCCCGCAUAAGAGAUGCGGCACUGACAAUGGCUGCACGCUGGUAAGCUUGUAACUGGCGUACACCACACCACCAUCAAGACCAGAUGCCUGUGCUAGACGGUAACAGCAGGCGGAGGAGCUGCUCACUUAGCACCGACAAACAAGGAGGCCAUCAGGAGGCAGUAUGUUGUCAUCCGAAACAUGAGCCUCCAUCGACGACUCCUCUCAUCCGCGUCCCAGGCUGUGGCUGCCUGCCGAGGUCGGACACCAUGGUUUUGAAUCGGCCUAUUGUGGUGGUGCUGUUACCGGCUCCUGCAGGUUCUGGGUGGCUACCUCUUCGCCUUGAUAUGAAUUUACAACCGUGAAGGCUGAACAACAUCAGUAGUACUAGAAGAAUGAUGUUCUUUGGGAGUUGAGGAAAGAACAUCAGUCUGCAAGAUGAGAUGGUGAUCUGAAGCACCCAGAAAAAGUAGAGGACAGGACAGGAGGAGGGAACAAGAAGUUUCGUUUAUUAUAAGGUUGUUAUGUGUGAUCAACAAAAACUUGUGCUUCUCAUUCAAUCUUUGUCGAACUAUAUUGAUGUGUGAUUAUGCACUUGUUGGGACCUUUUGCUGUACACCUGCAUUUGUAGAACUAUUUUUUUGUGCAUUUGUUGGGUCUUGAACCUUUAUGUAUAGAGGAGUCGAUGGAUGAUGUAUUGUAAUUCAUGUGAUGUGCUACUGAAAUGAAAUAUAUACAACUAAUUUGCAAUCU